ACCAAAGCAGUCGCCUUACGGCCAUCAUAUCAUUGGAAUCACUACGAAGAAACAUGAGUGCCAAUGAAAAUAAUAACAUGAUGAUGGGGAAGAUCGAUGAUGAGGUUGUCGAGUUGCGCUUUUCCAACAUAAAUGUUGAUACGGAAGAACUAAUCUCGGGCAUCAUCUCCGACGAAUUUGAAGACAUCGUAGAAGAAUACGCCGAUGCUACCGCUGAACGUAACACAAAUAGAGGUACCAAAACCGCGAACAGGUUGUCGGCGAUUAGCUUUUCGAAAGGUACCGAUGGAAGACCUUCCAUCUUGAGCGUUCGGCCAUCCCUGAUGUCACUGGGAAUGUCCGAUAGGUUGCUUGAGAAAGUAAUGGAAGAUCUAUCGGACCCAUCGCUAGACCCGUGCGACUUACCUCCACAAGAGCAAAACUCAAGUGAUAAUGCUAGUGACACCUCUUGGGCUAUGAAUGUUGCCGCUCCGGAAGGUACCAAUGGAGACCUCUACAACGACGAUCGUCAUGAUUCCUUUGGUGCAUCCCCAUCUGUGUCUGCACCGACAUUGGCGGAUUCUCCCUCAUCGAAUCCCUUUACGGGGGUUGCGAUGGAGUCACACAGCGAGCAAUUUCACGCUGGUGGUAAUUACGCGAAGGGGAGAAUAUCUAUGACGGCAGACCCGCUUGUUUUUGGUGCUGGAGGCAUACCGAUUCCAAUAGAUGCACACAACGGCGAAAACCACUAUGAAUCGACGCAACCGUUCGCUGAUCCAGCCAUUUCGCAGAACAUAGGAGAUCAGACUUAUAAUGAUAGCAUAUCGCCUCCCCCUCUUAAGAGACCAUUUGCGAUGCGAUUUUCGGUAUCCCGCCGCACACUCAAUAUGCUCGACGAUGAUUUUUUCCACGAUUUUUCGCCGCAUUCCUCGGGGCACGAGAAUGACGAACAUCCGAAACCCGUCAACGUCGUUUCGAGUGAAAUGCAACAAACAUAUCUGAACGAGACAGAAGAAGUUUUCAAAGCCCAAGAACUCGCCCUGACGAGGGAAAUGGAAAAAAUCGCAGUUCACGACCAGGAUAAGGUCAACUUCGAAGUUCAUGGAAUCCCUCACAUGGGAACUCUCAACGUUGAACCUGUAAACACUGAUUGGUACUUGCAUCAACUCGAAAUGGAGUUGCAGAGCACCAUCCAAGACAACUCCGCCUUUCAAGAGGCACAAAGGAUGAACCCAAGCUACGUCAACAGCAAGACUUUUCGACUCAUGUUCCUUCGGACGUUUUGGCAGGAAAGUACCUUCGAUGUUAAACAAGCAGCGGCAAAAAUCGCCCUGUAUUUCUCAACAAAGAAACUUAUUUUUGGCGGUGGAGAAAUCCUUGGACGGGACGUUCGGCUCUCGGAUCUUUCCGUCGACGAUCGAGCUGCAAUGGAUUGCGGAGCACUGCAAACCAUGCCCGAUCGGGAUGCGGCCGGGAGGGUAGUCAUUCUUUAUGCUCCAGGGCAACGCGUCUUCAACACGGUAGAGAAUUGGUUGAGGGCGAUGUGGUACAUGCUUUCUGUUACUGCCAAAGAUGAAGACAAUCAAAAAUCUGGGAUGGUCAUGGUUGUGUACCUCAGAGGAUUUACCAACCGACGCGAUACCUUUGAACAGGCCAAAAAGAUCACCAUGGUUCGAGAUUCCAUACCACUAAAGAUCGUCGGGUUGCACUACUGCUACAAUGAUGAGUCGAUGAGAGCUUUGGUGACGGCCCAAAAGGUGCAUUUCUUGACCCGAAACCAACGAAGUCAUACCCGAGAACAUUUGGCAAGACACGACGACAUAUGCUUUCGACUCGAGACCUACGGAAUUCACGUUGAUAAAUGCAUUUUAUUGGAAAACGGGCACCUAGGAAUGGCGUGGUACAAUCAAUGGAUUCGAUUGCGAGGGGUGGCUGAAGUGGAAAUGGUGGCGAGCAGCGGCACCGCCACAACGCCCCGGACAAUCGACACCACGAUAGUUCCAAAGAAGUUCGAUGUCUUGUUCGGUCGGGGUCGAAACACUCGUGAACACUGUGGCAAUCUCCGAUGUGCGCAUCUUGUCGAGAUGCACCAACUGGAAUACGAAAACUGCAGCAAACCACAAAAGACAGCUCUUGCCCUCAAGAUCGUAGAUAUGGUUAAGGAAUGCGGGGGAAAAUUUCUCAAGAAAGAUAGAAAGUAUGGAUGGCAGGAAGUGCCCGACACCGCUGCCCGAGAGAAAGUUUCCCAUUUUUUCCGCCAUUUACGAUCAACAAAAUCUUCUGCCGAUGAUGACAAACAACCGGGAGUCACCGAGUCCCAAAAGAGAUCUGCACCUUGCUAGUCCGCAUACAGUAUCACGAAGUCAAAAAACUUACGCAGACCCG